UACAUGGGAUUGUGGAAAGACCCGUAGGCCCAUUGUUUGUCUUCUCUCUCACAGUUUUGGAGUUCGUUUCAAGAAAGUGCCCGCGAAUCUGUGGAUUCGUUCACAAGAGAAAGCACUCUCACUCAUGUUUCUUCUGCUGUUGCUUCAUAUAUAUACUUAGUUAUAUUUAUUUCGGUUUUGCAUGCAUGAUUCUAAAUGCCCAUCCUUAUAUUUACAUCAAUUGAUAUUUUCUGCUUGAUUAAUUAAUUGAUAGUCGGUAUUCUAUUCGGUUUUUGUGUUAUCCCUUUUUCCUUUCUAUAUUUCCUCACCUUGUCGCUGAACCUGAAAGUUUUCGGUUUGCGUGCAGAAUUUUGAGGAAAGAAAACGUACCUUUGAGUUUAGGGAUAAUCUUGGGGACCAAUGUGUAAAAAAAAAAAGAAGAAAUUAAAAGAAUAACAAGUCUUGAGUGUUAGUAACUUGUGUUCUGACACGAAUCAAAUGUCCUGUCUGUUCGCAUGGAAACGAACGAGAGCAUAGGAUGUUACAUUGUGGACUGAAGAAGAUUCUAUGAAACUUCAAUCCUGAAUUUCGAGAGCUAGGUCAAGUGGCACUGUUGUUGAGCCAACUAAUCCCCCUCAAAACCACUCUAUAAUGACAUCUAUAUAUAUAUAUAUAUAUAUAUAUAUGUGUGAAGGGAAUGAUUCUAGCUUCAUAACAAAGCCAAAACACCAUCCCAAAUGUAAAAUCUUCUUCACCAUCAUUCCCAUUUCCAUUCUCAUACACACACAAACUUCCAUGCACAAAUAUCUUUCUUGAUCGGAUGGAGCGAUUACUGAUUCUUCCCUUCUCGUUGGGAUGUUCGACUCGAUCAAGCGCCCACGUCGCGCCAUUAAUCAUCAUCAAGACAAGAAAACCAAUACACCCACAAGGAGAAGAGAAGCAAUGCCGGUGGAGGAGGAAGGAGAAGGAGAGAGCUCACGACAUGAGGAAGAUGCGAAAACGGCGUCUACUAGUGGUAAUAACAGCAGCAGCAGUGAUGAUGAUAAUCACUCAUAUGGGUUCCUCGAAUUUAUUCGAAGCUUCAAGAGUUUCUCUCACAGCUUCUUCACUCGUUACGGCGACGAGGCGGAGCCGGAGAUGGAGAUUGGGUUCCCAACGGACGUUAAGCACGUGGCUCACAUCGGAAUUGACGGAACCGUGACGACUUAUGACGUCACUUCCUCUCCGUCUUCCUCUCCGUUAGCUGGCCUUCCACUCGCCAGUCGCCACCGGCAUCUAAUUUCCUCAUCAAUGACAUCAUCAUUCAUCCGCUUGUGAUUAUAACAUUUCUUACAGCAUAUUAGAUUUUAAUAUAUUUGUAAAUGAAAAAAAAAUCAGCUUUUUUAAAUUUGUUUGUGGUAUUUGAAGAACGAUAGUCGUUAUAUUAUUUGUUAUAACGCAAUGGAAAUAAAUAUUGGGCCUAAUAUGGGCUAGAGUAGGCUCAACAUAUUGGGCCUGGUUCAACUAAAUGAGCCCAUAGUUCAGUUAUGUUUAUCAUGUAAUUAGCGUAAUUAAUAUGUAAUUAGCAGUCUU